AUGGAAAAGGAAACAGACAGAAUGGCCGCCGCGGCUCCCGCUCCUCCUGCCGCUGCCUCCUCCCCUCAGUGCCGGAGCCCUCGCUGCACGGCGGAGCGCAGGGGAGUCCGCCGAGAACUCGACUCCUGGCGGCACCGCCUCAUGCACUGUGUGGGUUUUGAAAGUAUUUUAGAAGGGCUUUAUGGACCAAGGCUACGAAGAGACCUCAGUUUAUUUGAAGACUGUGAGCCAGAAGAGCUGACUGAUUGGUCAAUGGAUGAAAAAUGUUCCUUUUGUAACUUACACAAAGAAACAGUCAGUGAUCGUACCACAAUUAUUGGUUCUUCACAGUCAACACCAACAGAGGAACUGUCAUCUCAGGGCCAGUCCAACACUGAUAAGAUUGAAUGCCAAGCAGAAAAUUACCUAAAUGCACUCUUUCGAAAGAAAGAUCUUCCUCAGAACUGUGAUCCUAACAUUCCCCUAGUUGCUCAGGAAUUAAUGAAAAAGAUGAUCCGUCAGUUUGCAAUUGAAUACAUUUCAAAAAGUAGCAAAAUUCAAGAGAAUAGAAAUGGUUCAUCAUUUGAACCAAGUCUGAUAUGUAAAAAUAUCCAAAUGAACCAAACGGAAAACUCCCUUCAGGAAGAACAGGAUAGCCCUCUAGACCUCACUGUGAAUAGAACUCAAGAACAGAAAACUCAGCAAGGGGAUGGAGUGCUAGAUCUCUCUACAAAGAAAAAUGCAAGGCUGGAAGAGUCAACAUAUGAUCCAUUAUCAUCUGAAAAUUCAGUGUCUGGGAGACUACACAGACACAGAGAGGACUAUGUGGAAAGAAGUGCUGAGUUUGCAGAUGGUUUGCUCUCAAAAGCUUUGAAAGACAUUCAGUCUGGAGCACUGGACAUAAAUAAAGCAGGCAUACUUUAUGGCAUACCUCAAAAAACUUUACUUCUCCACUUAGAAGCCUUACCAGCAGGAAAGCCUGCACUUUUUAAAAACAAAACUCGAGAUUUCAAUGAUAGUUAUUCAUUUAAAGACAGAAAAGAAACUUGUGCAGUGCUGCAAAAAGUAGCCUUGUGGGCAAGAGCUCAAGCAGAGCGCACAGAAAAGAGUAAACUCAGUCUACUUGAAACCUCAGAAUUAAAAUUCCCAACAGCUUCCAGUUACCUCCACCAGUUAACUCUACAGAGAAUGGUCACUCAGUUUAAAGAAAAAAGUGAAAGUCUACAAUAUGAAACUUCAAAUCCUACUGUACAGUUAAAAAUUCCUCAGCUAAGAAUAAGUUCUGCGUCCAAACCACAAUCUGAUAAUGCUGGUCUUCUGGAUGUCAUGUACCAUGUUUCCAAAACCUCCUCAGUCUUAGACGGAUCAGCUCUUCAAAAAUUGAAAAAUAUACUCCCUAAACAGAACAAAAUUGAAUGUUCUGGACCUGUAACUCACUCAAGUGUUGACUCCUACUUUCUGCAUGGGGACCUCUCUCCUUUAUGUCUUAAUGUUAAGAAUGGAACAGUUGACGGAACAUCUGAAAAUACAGAAGAUGGUUUGGAUCGCAAAGACAAUAAACAACCAAGGAAAAAACGUGGCCGUUAUAGGCAAUACGAUCAUGAAAUAAUGGAAGAAGCUAUUGCUAUGGUAAUGAGUGGGAAAAUGAGUGUUUCCAAAGCACAAGGAAUUUAUGGGGUACCUCACAGCACUUUAGAAUACAAAGUUAAAGAAAGAUCUGGAACACUGAAGACUCCGCCGAAGAAGAAACUUCGAUUACCAGACACUGGGUUAUUUAAUAUGACAGAUUCAGGGACUGGCAGCUGCAAAAACAGCAGCAAGCCUGUGUAG